AUGGGUUUGCUAAGCGAAGGAAGUCCUCUAACGUGGGACGAAACCAAAGCGCUAGCGCAACACGUUCGCGAACAUGGCAUCGAGCAGUUCAUCAAUCUAUUCGCCCGCUUGAAGGAUCGCCAGGGCGACGUACUGAAAUGGGGCGAUGAAGUGGAGUACAUAAUCGUCCGCUUCGACGACGAACAGCGUGCUGUGCAAGUUUCGCUAAGAGCGCAAGAAAUUCUCGCCAAGCUAAACGAAAAAGAAGCCGCAGAUCCGCAGGGAGUCAAAUCCCUCUGGCGCCCGGAGUACGGGGCAUACAUGGUCGAGGGCACCCCAGGCAAGCCAUACGGAGGUCUGUUGGCUCACUUCAACGUCGUCGAAGCAAACAUGCGCUACCGGCGCAUGGAGGUGGCGGCCCUACUGCCGGAAAACGAAAUGGUCAUGUCAAUUACGAGUUUUCCGCGGUUGGGAUGCCCCGGAUUCACCUACCCACCGGCCGUACCAACGCCGGACGAUGAAGCAUGUGCAGCUCGGUCCAACUUUUUCCCCGACGAAGCCAUCUUUCCGGGUCAUCCGCGGUUUAAGACGCUUACACGCAACAUCCGCCAGCGACGCGGCGAGAAGGUGUCCAUAAAUCUGCCGAUCUAUCCUGAUCGGCUUACAAAAACGCCCGUCGAAGGAAGCAUCCCAUCCCAUCCGGCCCACGUGCACAUGGACGCGAUGGGCUUUGGAAUGGGAUGUUGCUGCCUGCAGCUAACAUUCCAGGCAUGUAACAUCAGCGAAGCGCGAACAUUGUAUGACCAGUUGACACCAAUGUGUCCAAUAAUGCUCGCACUGACGGCAGCUAGUCCGGCCUACCGAGGACACUUGACGGAUGUGGACUGCCGGUGGAAUGUUAUAUCGGCAUCGGUGGACUGCCGGACGCGAGAGGAACGCGGUGAGGUACCGCUAAAGCACGACCGUUUCCGCAUUUACAAAUCGCGCUACGAUUCAAUCGAUUCCUAUUUAUCGCCAGCAGGAGAGAAGUACAAUGACGUGCCUUUGGUGCUUGACGAAACGCUGUACAAGCGGCUCCGCGAAGGCGACAUUGACCAUUUGUUGGCGCAGCAUAUUGCGCACCUCUUCAUCCGCGAUUCAGUCUCGCUGUUCAGCGAAAAAGUGCACCAGAACGACCGUGAGGAUACCGAUCACUUCGAGAACAUUCAGUCGACCAAUUGGCAAACGAUGCGCUUUAAGCCACCACCGCCAAACUCGCCAAUUGGGUGGCGCGUCGAGUUCCGACCGUGUGAAGCCCAGCUGACCGACUUCGAGAAUGCCGCCAUCGUGUGCUUCAUCGUGUUGUUGACGCGUGUCAUCCUGUCGUAUCAGCUCGAUUUUCUUAUUCCCAUCAGCAAGGUGGAUGAAAACAUGCAAAAUUCGCAGAAGCGUGGUGCCGUGCUGACGGAGCGGUUUUGGUUCAAGAAAAACAUCACCGCCAUUCCGCCGACAGGCCAACCACAGCAUGAAGCGCCAGGACAGACCCAUGAGCAACCGCAACAGAAUGGCGUAAUUGACGAAUCGGCUGGUUCGGGGUCCGACGAAUAUGAACUAAUGACAAUCGAUCAGAUUAUUAACGGCAAGGAGGGAUUUCCAGGGCUGGUGCCACUGAUUAACAGCUACCUAGGUUCGAUGGACGUGGAUGCCGAUACGCACUGCACGAUUCAGCAGUACCUGAAGCUAAUACAGAAGCGUGCUUCUGGUGAGCUACUGACGACCGCGACCUGGAUUAGGAAUCAGGUCGUCUCACAUCCUGAAUACAAAAAUGAUUCCAUCAUCAGUGAGGGCAAUUGUUACGACCUGUUGCGUAAGGCAAAGGACAUCCAGGACGGCGUGCUGGCGUGCCCCGAACUGUUGGGCAAUAAUAUCAGCUCAAAAACCACGGAUAACAUUCCGGCAGCCAUUGAGAAGCACCUCACCAAACGGUGUUAGUAGUUUCAGUUGCAGCGUGUAUUUUGUGUGCGCUUAAUAGUAACUUUUAUUACCGUGCCCAGACGCCUCACGAAGGUCGCCUGACCCGUCGUGAGUGCAGAAAAGUUGUUUUACUGGCGCCGAACCGAAUGCGGGUAUUUCGAUGUUCAAUGUUAGAUUGAAUCGCCAUUCACACUACAUGUGGCUGUUAGGGCUGCGAUAAAUUGGCAAUGAUUGGAUACUGCGUGAUACUGCAUUUCUUGCCGUGGCUUUUCAAGGGUCUCAUAUGCCCUGCACCAUUCCCGAACAGGAAGGCUGAGGGCUGUUUUUCAUUUGAUUAUUCGUUGUUAUUAUUGUUUCAUCGUGCUUAUUUUUGCCAAUCUCCAGGAGAGGAGAAACUCGCCUUGAUGUAUCGUUUACAGUAGAUUAUAGUAUGUUUGUUAAGUUUACAACGAUGUCGCAUUGCUGAGAGAAUAUGCUCUGUUGUGCCGAAAGCAUUUUGAACAUCUUUCUUUGCGUUUUUCAAACCACAAGACUAAAACACUCAUGUCCUGAUUUGCAAGUUCCAAAGAUGUUUUCUCAGAACCGUAAUUGUAUACUUGCAAAAACUGGCAAGUGUGAAAACAUCGACGAAUGAAAAACUGAAGAUGAAACAUAGACGAAAUCGGCACUCUGAGGUAUCACAUUUACGAAGAGACCUGAAAAGAUCCAUAUGCUGAGGUUAAUGAUAAAGGAAAAUGAAGUAGUUGUGAAAAUGGACCAUGUCCAAUCGAUCGCUCACUGCAUUGUACAUCGAUCAUCGACAAUGAUGAACCCACUGCGGUGGCUGCUUUGCGAAAGCAGUUCGUCCGCAGAGGUUUUAGAAUGGUUGACUGAAAAUUUCCAGGGCAGCACAGAACAAAUUGUUAUACAGACAUAUACAUAGAUUUAUAUUAGAUUUUAAAUAAAACACAUUAUGGUUU